AUGGCGAAGAAAAGUGGCUCAGGUAAUGGUGCGGUAGUGGUGAAGAAGCGGCGCGCGAGAAACGAGAGGGCUUGCCAGCUCACGGCACAGCAAGUGAGGGAGCAAAACUUGGACAAGAUGUGGGAGCCUCACGAGCUUCCGGACAACGUGUACCAGUGCCCACGCUGCCAAUCUUACAACACGCGGUUUGAUUACUACAACAACGAGAAGCGUGACCAGCCGCGCUUCGCUUGUAGGGCAUGCAAGAAACAGUGGACCCAGGGCGGCAAGAUAAGGGCGGCAUCCAGUGGUGGACGUAAAAGGAAAGGCAAAGCUUCGAGCAGCAGCAGCGAUGGAGGAGGCAGCAUGGAUAAGAAGAGAGCCGAGCAGAGUCUGGUGGGCAAAUUCGCUGGAGAACCAUCUCAAACUCCGUGGCAACUAGAUGGUGAAGAUAUGCAAACGAUUUGCUACUGGGGGCAACCUCAAGAGCUUGGUGGUAAUACUAGUGCGCCAGUAGUUGGCGGAGACGAGCAAAACAACUUCUGGUUGCAACCUGGUGGUGGCGGAGACAACUUCUGGAGGCAACCUCAAGAGAUUGGUGGUGCGCUGCAAGUUGGCGGAGAUGUGCAAAAAAACUUGGAGCAGCUUGGUGGUGAUUCGACUGUGCACGGAUAUGUGGAAGACAACUUCUGGGACAACUUCAAGAGUUUGAUGACGUCGAUAUAG